AUGUACAGCACCUUCCCCGCGCGCAUCAAGGCCGGAACCACAAACCUCCUCCAGUCCAUGCCUCAAUCCGAAUGGUACGACCCAUCCGGCAAACCUCUUGAUCCCUUCAGCACGCCAGGCCAUGACCCUUCCGGUGGUUCCACACCCUAUCGCUCCUCCCGCGCCAGUGGGCGCAGCAGACGUGCCGCUGCCGGCUUCAUUCGCUAUGCCGAAGCAGGCAGCUCAGACGACGAGUUUGAAGAGGAAGUACCAACCGAGGAUGAGGCUGGCUCGCGAGGUCUCAAGCGAGGUCUCGAAGACGAUGCCGAACAGGACUCCUCCCGCGCCUAUCUCGGUCUGCCACCACCAGCUUCCAAAAUGAUCGCAAAGCGUGUCUUCCACCGCACAAACCACGUCUACCACACCGACGACGAUCUCGCGCGUCAAGCAGGCAAGAGCGAAAUCUUGGUCCCCAUCAAGAUCGAUCUCGAGGCCGAGCAGUAUCGCAUCAAAGACUCUUUCACCUGGAACAUGAACGAGCGCCUCAUCUCUCCCCACCACUUUGCCAAGCUUCUGCUCGAAGAUCUCGAUAUCCCCGUCGAGCCCUACGCUACCCAGAUCAUGAACAUGAUCAACCAGCAGAUCGACGAUGCCACUGGUGUCGCCGACAUCGAGAUGGAGCCUGCCGCGGGAGGAGUCUGGGCAUCUGCACGCUUCGCCUCCAAACAAGGCGAAUUGGCGCUCCCCGAGUCCGAACGCAGCCAGUACGACCCAGACGAAGAGGCCACAAAGGAGGGGCGUCCAUGGAACUGGGGCUUGGAACGAAGCGAUGAAGAGCAGCGACGAUGGCGCAAACAGAUGGCGAAACGACUCGACGCCGGUCAAGGCCUCGGUGACUUUGAAGACGAUCUUCGCGUCAUUGUUGAUUACGAAGUCCAAAUACUGCGACACAUGCUCCGCGAUCGACUCGAAUGGGAUCUCUGUUCUCCUCUCACGCCCGAAUCCUUCGCAAGGAAGCUCUGCGACGAUCUCGGAUUGUCCGGUGAAGCACAAGCGCUCAUCGCCAACAGCGUACGCGAACAGCUCAUCAAUCACAAGCGUGCCGCCCUCGAGUUGCAGCUAGGGGGCAGCGGAAGGGUGUUGAAGGACAAGGAGAAGGAGAUCGAGGCUGCCUGGGCCGAAUUGCAUGCCGAGAAGCUCGAGAAGCAGCGCAAGAAGCUCGAGCGUGGUGAUUCCGAGUCGCAGAUGCCGUCGGCUGAUGGUACGGGUGUCAACACGACGCGCGAGCCGUCGGUUCAGCCCGCUGCAGUCGCGGAUGAUGGAGAAGAUCAAAAGUCGACGAUAGCUGCUCAAGAGGGAGUGGCGAGUGCGACGGACGACGCUAAGGAGACCACUGAAGCGGCAACACCAGCUCGAGGCGAAGACGGCGAUGACGACGAAGAAGAUGUCGAGACGUUGCACCUCACCGCCACCGCCACUGCUGCACCUACGCGCGAAGGCACCUCUACGCCCGCCAUCCAACCCACACCCGUCGUCUCGACCGCGCCCAUCCCCGCCACGCGUUCCUCGGCGCGCAUCUCCAACAUGCAAUCCGACGCCACUCCCGGCACUUCCACCCCCCUCGCUUCCGCCCCCGCCUCUGCCCCCGAACCCGCACUGAGCGCAUCGCAACGUCUCCACAAUGCCACCUAUACGGUGAGGGAGAUCCUCUCGCGCGGCCCACGACCGCUCGACGGCAUCUGGCGCGAUUGGCUCGAAUCACGCGAAUUCGGUCCGCUGCUGGAACGACUCAACGACGACGAUCUCGAGAAGUUGGAGGAGGCCAACAUCAGGGCGUCUAGGCGCAACAGAAGGGAGGCUGCCAGAAGUGGUGGUAGGAGAAGACGAUGA